UAACCGCGGGUUUCUGGAAAAACGUUCCCCACCCCUUCCACGCCCCUGCCCCACCUCUUGUCCCCCUUUUAAACCCUCUCUACUUUGCUGAGGGUGGUUUGUCCCUAAGAGUACAGAUAAAUAGUCCUGUCAAAAGGCACAGCUCUCAGCUCUCGGCUGUACUUCUGGAUCCCGAGUCAAGUUCAACAGAGCCCUGGACUACAGGGUCAGCGGCCGAUCGCGCCCGCUCCAGGCGGCCAGCUUACAGGGGAACCUCAGUGCGGCGGCAAGCCCUGGUCUCCGGUCCUCCACUGAGCUCUCCCACACCCCAGCCUCUGUCAGAAAGAAGCCGGAGAAGGCGAGACUGGCCGGGAAGGAGAAAGGCGGGCGCUCCUGGGCGCCGGGGAACAGGCGAUGUCCACUGGCUCGGUGAGUGACCCCGAAGACACAGAGAUGCGGGGGCUGCAGCGGGUCUACCCGGCCCCGGCCUCCAAGAGGCCGCCCCUGCUCCGCACGGAGCGCGGUUACGCCUCGCCCAGCGACAACUCUUCUGCGGAGGAGGAGGACCCGGACGGCGAAGAGGAGCCCAGCUCCCUGGGAGCCGCGGGAGCCGCGGGACGACGCAAGAGGAAGCGGCCCCGCAGAGCUGACGCCGGCGGGGCAGGUGGCGGCGCGGACAAGGCGGGCGGCGUGGGGAAGAAGCCUCUGCUGCCCAAGGGCUCGGCCGCAGAGUGCAAGCAGUCACAGCGGAACGCAGCCAAUGCUCGCGAGCGCGCUCGGAUGCGCGUGCUGAGCAAAGCCUUCUCCAGACUGAAGACCAGCCUGCCCUGGGUGCCGCCGGACACCAAGCUCUCCAAACUGGACACGCUGCGCCUGGCUUCCAGCUACAUCGCGCACCUGCGCCAGCUGCUGCAGGAGGACCGCUACGAGGACAGCUACGUGCACCCUGUGAACCUGACGUGGCCAUUCGUGGUCUCUGGACGUCCAGACUCUGACACCAAAGACGUUUCUGCAGCUAACAGACUUUGUGGAACUUCCGCUUAGAUGGAUUGUGUUGAACGCAAAGGACUGGGCGAAGGAAGACCCACUGGAUUCCGGACCUUCUCCUUUCCCUGGACCUGUGAACAAGACAGGAGACAAGUGUCAUUGCCCUUCUAGAGCACAGAUGGCCAUGGCUGCCUCGAAUCAGUGCAAACUUCUGUAGUCAAAGAAAGCCCAGUUUCAGGGGAAGAAUGUGCGGCCUAGAUGCAAAACUGGGGCUUUAGCUCUGAGCACAACCCCCUGCCUGGCAUCUGAGUCCAGUGCAGAAAGGGUUGGUUUUGAAGCUAAUCUCGAUUUUCCUCAUGAUUGAUUUGGUUGAUUUUCCUUCCGGUCCUGCACAGCCAGGUCCUUCUGUGACCAUGGCUGAGAGCUGUUUGCCAGCACUAGGAAGAAGGCCUUGGCAUUAGAGCUGCGCCCCAGCCUAUCACCAAGGACCUCUGGGCAGGACUGGUGAGAUGGAGACAUAUACCACCAGGAGCUGGUGUUGCUCGAAAUCCCUGCAGGCUGGGGUUCAUUUCCUGAGCUCCGCCUCCCUCCUGUGUUUAGGCAGUGUUGGGGCCAGCUGUCCUGCUGGUUUCUGUCCCUUGAGAGCAGCUUGUAUAUGGGGCCUCAGCUCCUUCCCACACACACUGUCUCCCGAAGUUUUUUCUUACUGCCCAUUUGGGGACAUGUGCUUCACCCCUCUGAUUGGGUCACCCUACUACAGCACAGCCUUCUGCGGGAUUCCUGUUCUUCCAGAGAUGCAUUAUUCUUCCUGGUCCAAAGACUGUGAGUGUGGGUGGCUGGGGCGAGGACUAGGGCUGGCCUCUAUUAUACUGGUCUCUACCCAGUACAUGGUGCUCAGUGGUCCUGGCAAUGCUGCACUACCAUGGUAACUAACAUAUGUAAAUAAAUUUAUUUUUUUAUGGACAAAACA